AUGACGCCGGAGCCCCGGGGGUCACGUGGGGGCGAAAGGAAUGCAAACAAUGUAGCGAAUGUCCCAACUGUGCGGGGCUGCUGCUGCUGCUGCCGCCGCCGCAUUUCUGGGCGCGAGGCGGAGAAAGGCGAGAAGAAUGGAGAAGCAGCAGCAGCAGCAGUAUUAUUAUUAUUAUCAUUAUUAUUUCAGGGGCGCCUCCAGAAGCAUUAGUAUUAACAGGCGCGGGGAGAGAGCCGUGGAAGUUUCCCCUUGAUCCCUCCAGGAAAAAGCCCCUUUGGAGCCAGAGAAGGCUCUGAAAAACAGCAAGAUGGAAUGUCAGAGUUUCUCCCUGUCUUUAGGAACUUUAAAAACUGUGAAUUAAAGAAGAAUGAGUGUGUCUGCCCUUCAAGAUAUGUGUCAUGCCAGUUGCUUGCAAGGGACAGAUUAGGACAUAAAAGUGUGACAGUCCCUCCUUCAGAGAUUUGCAGUCCUUUACUGAAAUUGUAUUAAGGGAUUAUGCUUUACAGCAAAUUGAUGUCCUCAAGAACAGCCCCAAAUAUCCCUGCAAUUCUAUGCAACAGAAGCUGGUAUUUAUGCUGAAACAAAACUGGAUUAACCAUGAGGCCAAAGACUUUUCCUGCGACUACUUACUCCGGCAACAGCAGACAGAGACUGCAGGAAAUUCGGGAAGGUUUGAAACAACCUACCAAAUCUUUCAGUCAGGGAUUACCUGUUGGACCAGGUGGCAAAAGUUCUCUGGACACUAAAAUCGUACUUGGGAAAGAUAGUGCCAGGCAGCAGCAGCUGAGACCUUCUACUAAGUUUGGGCCUUACCAAAAGGCUCUGCGAGAAAUCAGCGCUUCGUUGUCACCUUUUGCAAAUGAGUUGGGCACCACCUCUGCAGCCAUUGAAGUCAACAGGCAAAUGCUACAGGAACUGGUGAAUGUGGGAUGCGAUCAGGAGAUGGCUAUAAGAGCUCUCAAACAGACUGGUAGUAGAAGCAUUGAAGCAGCUUUGGAAUACAUUAGCAAAAUGGGAUACUUGGACCCUAGAAAUGAACAAAUAGUCCGUGUAAUUAAACAGACUUCUUCAGGAAAGGGCAUUAUGCCAAACAAUGUGAGCCGUAGGCCAAGUUUUGAAGGAUCCAGUGAAUCGUUUCCGUCCUAUCACCAAAUGAGCAACCCAUCAUAUGAAGGGACAGGCUUUGGGGCAGAAGCUGCUAACAUGCUUGGUGAUGUUCCCAGGCCAUACAUGGACUACUUACUUUCUGCUUCACAGCCUGCAACUAUGAAUCCUCCAAUGCAAAGGCCAGCUGGCUUAGGUGCUCACAGUGCACCUAGCGGUCACCAGCAGAAAGCUUAUCCUGCCAACAUAGAUUCCUCUGUGAUCAAUUACUCCGUGGCUACUCAUAGUAGCCAAGCUUUACAACUCCAGGCUAGUCAUGGCUCAAACAGCCCGCACUACAGCAGGCAGCCUGUCAUGGUGCAGGGCGAGGCUCUUGGGUAUGGGAUUCAGCGGAGCCAGUCAUUUCAGAACAAGCUGCAGCAAGAGGGAGGAUAUCCAAGCCUUCCAAAUAAAGUCUCAGUUGCUCAGAGUAAUUCUGGGCAUGGCUUCCAACAAGCACCAGCUAAUCUGUAUAUGUUGCACUCCCAUCACAAGCAGCCAAUGCCAUCUUCUCACCCAAUGCAUGUGAUCAGUAGAGGGCCGGCAUUUCCAAACGAGUUUUCAGACAGCCCACCACCACCAGGUCUGUUGACACCAUCUAGAAAUAGUCUGAACAUGGACCUCUACGAUAUGAACAACUCUCAACUUCAGCAGUGGCAAGCCACCUCUUCCUCUUCGUCCUCUUCUUCUUCCCGCCGUGAUUCAUUGCAGAACCCAACUUUGGAAGCAUCUCCUCGGUCGCAUGUGCCCUUCAGGCCAGAUGCCUGUGUCCCCAGCAGGACUAAUUCUUUCAACAACCAUCAGCAGCAGAUACUGAGGCAAACUCCUCCAGGCAAAUCUGAUGCGUCUCCAAAUACCAUGACAGCAGUCACAUCUGCUCAUAUUCUCCAACCAGUGAAGAGCACACGCGUGAUGAGGCCAGAACCGCAGACUGCUGUAGGCCCUGCUCAUCCUGGCUGGUUAUCUGCACAGAAUUCAGCUAUGGACGGUUUAGGAAUGAUUGAACAGCACCCCCAUCCUGUUGGCGGAUCUAACACUUACCAACUGGAGGUUGAGUAUAGCAGCCAGGAGCUCAGGUGUCCUCCACCACCGUAUCCAAAGCAUUUGCUGCUACCCAAUAAUUCUGAGCAGUUCGAUAUCAACUCCUUGUGCGCAGGAAUGGAGCAGACCCUGCGGGUAGUCCCAAGCCCAGCCAGCAGCAAAGCUGAGGAGAAUGGAGAACGACAUGACAAAACGAAAACAGCCAAAGCCGAAAAACUAAGCAAGGAUAAAAAACAAAUCCAGACAUCCCCAGUGCCAGUCAGGAAGAAUGGCAAGGAUGAAGAGAAGAGAGAGUCGCGAAUUAAGAGUUACUCACCCUUUGCCUUUAAAUUCUACAUGGAGCAACAUGUGGAGAAUGUCAUAAAGACCUACCAGCAGAAAAUGAACCGUCGGCUGCAGUUGGAGCAAGAAAUGGCCAAGGCUGGCCUUUGUGAAGCAGAGCGGGAACAAAUGAGGAAAAUCCUCUACCAGAAGGAGUCCAACUACAAUCGGCUGAAGAGAGCUAAGAUGGACAAAUCCAUGUUUGUAAAAAUCAAGACUCUGGGCAUUGGUGCUUUUGGGGAAGUGUGCCUUGCCUGCAAAGUGGACACUCAUGCUUUGUAUGCCAUGAAAACCCUGAGGAAGAAAGAUGUGCUGAAUCGUAACCAGGUGGCCCAUGUCAAGGCCGAGAGAGAUAUCCUGGCAGAAGCUGACAAUGAAUGGGUCGUUAAGCUUUACUAUUCCUUCCAAGACAAAGAGAGUCUCUACUUUGUGAUGGACUACAUCCCUGGAGGAGACAUGAUGAGCUUGUUGAUUCGGAUGGAAGUCUUCCCAGAAAAGCUAGCCCGGUUUUAUAUCGCUGAACUCACACUGGCCAUUGAGAGCGUGCAUAAAAUGGGAUUUAUCCACAGAGACAUCAAGCCCGAUAACAUUCUGAUUGAUCUUGACGGACACAUCAAACUGACUGACUUUGGCCUCUGCACGGGAUUCCGAUGGACACAUAACUCAAAAUAUUAUCAGAAAGGGAGCCAUAUCCGGCAGGACAGCAUGGAGCCAAGUGAUCUUUGGGAUGAUGUAUCUAACUGUAGGUGUGGAGACAGAUUGAAGACCUUGGAACAGAGAGCCAAAAAGCAGCAUCAAAGAUGUUUGGCUCAUUCGUUAGUUGGCACUCCAAAUUACAUUGCACCAGAAGUUCUGCUACGUAAAGGCUACACUCAGCUUUGUGACUGGUGGAGCGUUGGUGUGAUCCUCUUUGAGAUGCUAGUAGGGCAGCCCCCCUUCCUGGCUCCUUCACCCACAGAAACCCAGCUCAAGGUGAUAAACUGGGAGAACACUCUACACAUUCCCUCCCAGGUCAAGCUGAGCCCUGAAGCAAGCGACCUUAUCACAAAAUUGUGUUGUGCUGCUGAAGACAGACUUGGAAGAAACGGGGCAGAUGACAUCAAGGCUCAUCCUUUCUUUGCCUCCAUGGACUUCUCGAUGGACAUCCGCAGGCAGCCCGCUCCCUACAUCCCAAAGAUCAGCCACCCAAUGGACACCUCCAAUUUUGACCCCAUUGAGGAAGACAAUCCUUGGGACGACGCUAGUGAAGACAGCACCAGGGCAUGGGAUCCACAGACUUCUUCUAGUGGGAAACAUACCGAACACGCCUUCUAUGAGUUCACUUUCCGGAGGUUCUUUGAUGACAAUGGAUACCCGUUCAGAUACCCAAAGCCUUCUGGACUGGAAGUAAGCCAGUCUGAGAAUUCAGAUGUUGAAAGCCAAGAUGGGCUGGAGCAGACUGGAGCCUGUCAACCUGUAUAUGUGUAAAUUGCUUACAGAGUUUUCUAAAAACCAAACACUUUAUAUACAAAUGUAGGGUCUUCCUCAUGUAACCCUUAGUUGGGAUAAGUUCCAUUUGUGAGCGAUACAAGUCUUGAAGAGACAAGAGACUUGCAGGCAAGGUUCUAAGUGCUAAAGACUCCAGUUAGGCCACUUAAUAAUGUAAAUAUAUAUAUUGAAGCAUUCACUUGAAAUCUGGCAAUUUAUUAUAAUUUCCAAGCAUGAGCUUGUUCCCCCUUCUUAACCAACAUGUCCAUAUAAAUUAGUGUAUUGCAUAUGCUAAACAUUUACAGGCUUCCACAGCAUCUUGCUAUUUUUUAUGUUUCAAGUAAGCAAAGAGCACUUAUUUUUGUUUAUAGCAGGGUUGUGUCUUUCCUACUAAAUUAUAGGGAUUAACUUUGACAAAUCAUGCUGCUGUUAAUUCUUUUCUCCUUUAAAAAAAAUUAUCCAUCGCACUUACGUCACACUUUUUAGGAAAUUACAUUAAGAUUGAAGAACAUGUAAUUAAAGGUCUCUGUGCAAUAAUGUUUAAUAAGAGAGAGAAAUGUCCACUGUCUAAUGUCCUAAAUUUACUGGUGCCAGUUGUAUCCGCGCCAUAAUCUUUGUGUGUAUGUUUCCGCAUUUCAAAAUCCUGAGACAAUUUUUGAAGCUGCUUUAUUUCCAAUUUUAAAACAAUUUUGGAAUUUAGUGUAAUCAGAGUGUGAGCAAGGGACAGUCAGGGUGUGCUUUCAGCGAUUGGUGUGGAGAAUGGUGCAUGAGCUGUGACUGGGGUGGGCUUUUGGGGUUUGAAAUGACCUUUUUCUUGCCAUUCACAGGCAGGCCCUGUGUAUCCAUUUUUUAAAAACUGAGGGUCUACAACUUUGGACCUUCGGAAUGCGUGUGCUGAUAAUGUAUUGUGUGGAUGGUUUUUCUGUUGUGAUUGUUUGCCACCAUUACAUGUUUUUAAAACAAAUUAUAAAGCUCUAAUUUUAGCAAUUGGUGGUGUGUGUAUAGGAGGAAGAGAUAGGUUGGUUUUAUUGAUUAUCUUGUUUUGACAGAAUAUUUAUCCUCCCAAAGAAGGGUAAAUCACAGAACAUUUAAAAAAAUAAAUCUGUGGCCAAUACCUACGGCACAUUCACAUAGUACAUGAGAUGCAGUGUUCAGUUGUUUGAAAGUCACCAUAUAGUAUUCAUGCAUGUGAUCAUUGUGAAAAUGUAUGGAAGGUAUAUAGACAAUAACCUGCGAACCUCUUGUGCCUUAAAUUUGAUUCAGGAGCCUUAUGUCCUUAGAUUUAUAGGAUUCCUCUGAUCAGUAAAGUUGAGGGUGAUUAUUCAGUGACAAUAUGUACCUUUCUGAAAUAUGUUGGGCAGAUGAAGUUGCCGUUUGUCAGGCCGCUGGGUUUUCUCCUAGCCAAUAUUCUUUCCUCCAGCCAGCAAUCAUUAUUUUGGGCCAAAGUCUUACAGGCUCUGAUUUAAGAUAUCCUUCAGUGGGUGACAUUAGGGAUUGACUAUAAACAUAAAGCUUGGGUGUCGCUAUUGAGCUACAGAGGUGUCCCCGGAUGUACCUUUCCAUUAUUGCAACUACUUUAUAUACUCAUGUAUAAGUUGAUGUUACAUAUAAGUUGGGGGCAGGUUUAUGGAUUUUGAUACAACCCAUUGAUAAGCCAAGGGUCAUACCACAGAGAGGGGAAGCACCACUGCCACCUCAUAGAUUCAUAGAGUUGGAAGAGACCACAAGGGCCAUCCAGUCUAAUCUUAUGUCAUUCAGAAACAUAGAAGCAACGCACCCCUGAUAGGUGGCUAUCCAGUCUCUACUUAACAACCUCAGCUACUCCUGGCUCCUACUGCUGCCAUUUUCCUACCAGGCAUUCAAAAGGGCCAGUAGCAGCUCCAUAGCUCAAAGAGUAGAGGAAGUUCCUGCCUGUUUUAAGGUCUCUUGGUGGGGUCUAAACUCUAUCCUUCUGCCACGAUAUUCAGUGAAGGAGAUAUUUUCUUUUUUUAGACAAAUGAAGGUAUAGUACUUACAUUGACCCAUGAAUAAAUCAACCUAGUUUUUGGGGGUUGAUUUUUUUUUGAUUAAAUGUCUAGACUUAAACAUGAGUAUAUCUUAUGGUGGCAAAUCACAAUACAUAGUUGCCCUUAACAAUUCAUGGAAAGAUCAAAAUUUAGGCAUUCCUUGAGAACUUAAAGAUAUAUCAGUAUAUCUUGCAUGUUUGCAUCUUUAUUAUCACUUGGAAGCCUAGAUGAUACAUACGUGAUAAACCCCUGAGCUUAAAAAAUGAUUUUGGCAGGGGACAGAACUCCAGAAUUACCCAGGUUGUUAAUUCCUGGGGCUCUACUAGCUGUGAGAUUCUGGAAUUCCAGUCCAAAAAAAUUGACUUUUCCAAACCCUAAGCAAAAGCAUUUUGGGAAAAAAUCUAUAGAGAGGCACUGUCUUCACUUGUUUCAACAGUGUAAGAGAAAUGGUAGGAAAUCUCUUUUCUUGAGGUAUAUACCUUGCAAUAACAUGGUUACAUAAUAUUGAUAAUCAUUUAUAAACAUACUGAGACAACAAUGUCUGACAGUGUUCUAAGACUUUUAUAAAUCAUGAAUUGUUUUAUCUUUUUUUAGACAGGCAGGCCUAUUUUAACCAUGCAUACACAUAAAUGAACAUAUUUGGGGUUUCAGCCUUAGAGGUCUAAGUAAGUUACCCAAACGCUGGCCUCCAUUAUUCCUGGUCUAUUAAAUUGUUAUGUAUUAUGGUAGACCACACUAAUUCUUCAUUUCUAUCAAAAUACAAGCAUAUUUUAAAAUAUUUUUUAAAACUGUUUAAAAUACGCAUUUUAUUAGCUAUGUUAACAUAAGGAUUAUUCAAAAUAACGGAAUACUAAAGAUAAUUAAGCCAUAAGUAUCUACAUUUAUAUUCUAUAUAUGCCUAAAUAGUUUUUCCCCCAGGUCCUUGAUUCAGAUCAGUUUAACAGUCCUAUUUUUAAAUGGUUGAUUGCAAUAAUAUUUGAGGGCAAUAUUCCACUGUUUUUGCUUUAUUUUAAGUUUUUAAAUCUGAGGCUUCAUUUUUUCUAUGUUAUUUCACAUAUUAUUCCUUUAACAUUUUAGCCUAUCAUAUCCUACCCAUUUUUUAGAUAUCUAAAGCAAGAACACCUGUAAAUCCAUCAGGCUAAACUCAAUAAAUGAUUGUGUAUUUGUUUACAUUUGUAUGAAAGGAGUGUUCUGAGAUAUGCAGUGCUUGUGUUGUGGCAGUUUAUGAAAGAUGCAGUAUUACUACUUUUUAUAUAAUAAUGCCAUGUUUUUAUAUUUACAUCUAUCUGACAUUCUUUUAUGUGGUAGGUUCUUCCUCAGGAACUCAGUUUAACUGUUAUUUAUUUAUCAUUUGCCUUUCAAAAGCUUCUGCUGGCACAAUUUUAUUAUUAUAUAUAUAUAAAAAAUUGAAAAUCCAAGAA